AUGGCGUCGGUACCACAAUCCGAAGUCGAUGUCCUAAUCGUGGGUGCAGGCCCAGCUGGGUUGAUGCUCGCACUCUGGCUUUCAAGACUUGGUGUCGUCGCCAGGAUCAUAGACAAACGAACGGCCAAGGUGUUUUCUGGACAAGCAGAUGGCUUCCAGGCGCGGACACUCGAAAUUCUUGAUAGCUUUGGUAUUGGUGAGCAGGUAUGGAAAGAAGCAAAUCAAAUGUUCGAGGUUAGCUUCUGGAAUCCAAACCCAGGUGGUCGGAUCCAACGUAAUAGCCGCGUGCCGAACAAUGUUGCAAAGCUAUCACGCUUCACGGAAUCCGUGCUACAUCAAGGGCGCAUGGAAAAGUUCUUCCUAGAAGGCAUUGCAGCGUCGUAUCCUCACCCUGCUAGUCCCGCUGACCAAAUAAAGGUUGAGCGGAUGGUCAUUCCGACUAGUCUUUCAAUUGAUGAAGCGAAGGUCGAUGACGAGGAUGCAUAUCCGCUGACCGUCACGGUCCAACACCUCACUGAAGAAGAAGCUACGCCGACGCAACAGCUUAGCAACUUAAGCGAUGGCCUAUUCAGGAGUAAUCUUGCAGAUGACGACGUGCCUCAAAUGAUAGAACAAUCAAGAGCACGGAAAGACAAGAAAGAGGAAGUCAUAAAAGCAAAGUAUGUAGUGGGGUGUGAUGGAGCCCAUUCAUGGACGAGGAAGACACUUGGAAAGGACUUUGAGAUGCAUGGGGAGAUGACGGAUUUCAUCUGGGGUGUGCUGGAUAUCGUGCCCAUCACCGACUUUCCCGAUAUCCGAAAUCGAUGCAUGAUACAUUCUGCUUCUUCCGGAAGUCUAAUGAUCAUUCCUCGAGAAAACAAGAUGGUGCGUCUUUAUAUUCAGCUCACAGAAGUUUCUGCCGGCGGUGGACGUAUCGAUAGGUCUCUUAUCACACAAGAAGCUAUUUUUAAGGCGGCCCAGAAGAUCAUUAGUCCAUACAAGCUGGACUAUCAUUACUGCGACUGGUGGACCGCAUACCAGAUCGGUCAACGAGUUGGGGAUAAGUUUAGCAAGCUAGACCGCGUAUUUCUCGCUGGCGAUGCUGUGCACACCCAUUCGCCUAAAGCUGGCCAGGGUAUGAAUGUCUCGAUGCAAGACACAUAUAAUCUCGGCUGGAAACUUGGACUAGUGUGUAAAAAGAUCCUUCGCCGGGAGGUACUCUCCACGUACGAAUUCGAGCGUAAGCAAAUCGCCAAAGAGCUUAUCGCCUUCGAUCACAAGUUCUCCAGGCUUUUUUCCGGGAGGCCGGCCAAGGAUAUCAUGGAUGAGACUGGGGUGUCGAUGGAAGAGUUUAGUAACGCAUUCAAUAUGAGUCACAUGGUUCGUAUUGUCGUCAUUCGUGCUCCUCCGGAGAUGGACUACACUAAUCAUUCGUCACAGUUUACAAGUGGCAUAGGUGUGAAUUAUAAGUCCAGUGCUCUUACUUCUAAGCCAGCCGAACAUCGCAUGGUCAAAACCGACCUUGAGGUCGAAGCUGACCAGAUGGCUGCACAUGAACGAGCGCAGAGCACUUUGUACCUGGCAAAGAAUUGUAUUCCCGGCAUGCGUUUCCCUUCUUUCCAAGUCAUUGCGCAUUCAGGCGCGCAACAUUGGCAGCUUCAUCAUAAGAUGCCGUCUGAUGGGCGUUUCAGGCUGGUUGUCUUCCCAGGAGAUAUUUCUCAACCCUCGCGACAAGACCUCGUUAAUGAUCUCGGCUCCUGGCUUUCAACAGAGUUGCUUUCCAAGUAUCCGUCUAUCACUCUAUCUCCUGGCUCGGACCCCCAUGCUGGAACGAUGAAGUUUACGCCUGAUCGCUCUCCCUCCGUCAUCGACGUGCUGCUAAUUCACACGGCUAGGCGGAGCGAUGUCGAAAUGCUGCGCGAUUUGCAUGAGGUUUAUCAUCCGUUUGAUUCCAAAUUGGGCUGGGAUUACGAUAAGGUCUUCGUAGACGAGGAGAGCUACCAUCAUGGGAACGGUCGCGCAUAUGAAGGCUACGGCGUCGAUCCUGAGGAAGGGGCAUUAGUCGUCGUCAGGCCAGACGGAUAUGUAGGACUAGUUACAAGUGUGGAAAAGAAAGGGUGGGAUGAGGUUGCGAAGUGGUUCCGAGGUGUUUUGAGGACUGUUUAG